UCUUUUAAAAGUGGCACAAACGCACACUAAAAGCAGUUCCAAUUUUUAAAGAAAAUGAGUGGGGAUAUAUGUAGCUUUAAUUAAGUUUAAAGGUCAAACUGCUAUUAAAUGCUCACACCAGUGGUAAAUAUUGCCGCCAUAACGCAAGCAACUGUAUAUGCUAGGAGGUUGGGUAACUCAUGUUUGCGGCACUCAGUGCAUGGUGUUAUUUCCAAAAGCAAAAAAACAUGGCGUCCUUGGACCCUGGACAAGCUGCUGACCACAUAUUUACUUUGCGCCCACAGUGUGCGUGAAUCCACGCAUCCAAGAUGGCCGGCGACAGUCCGACCUAUUUCCUGGUGAACGACGCUGUCCUGCCCGGUUGGACGUUCCGCCGUGUUCCAGUAGCGAGUGGAAUGACUAAAAGUUGCCGUGUUGCGGGUUGUCACACAAGGAAGAGUUCGGAGCUGCAUUUGAAGUUCUUCAUUCUUCCUCGUGAGAAGAAAAGGACAAGCAAAUGGCCAAAAGCAAACAAUCGAGGAACAGUAAAAAGACGGUUCCGUGGACCAUUCAUGGACAUUUUAUUACUGGACAGGAAGUGUCCAUCCGGUUGCCGCUUGCAGGCCGCCCUUUCGCAGACUGACUCAGACACUGCCGCGAAGAUCUAUGAAGUCUGCAACAAGGCCAGGACGUCGGAAAGUUCACUUGAAAAUGUGAUGGCAAAAGUCGCCGAUGUCUACCGCCGCCACAGGAAGGUCCUGGUCAUCCGACACGUGUCGGAGCUAAAGUUGGUGCAAGACGGCGCUCAGCUAGCGAGGAAGCUAACGUCGCUGCGCCAACGAUCCUUGCGGCUGCAAAGACGGCUGAAGCAGCUGAACGAGCGAGUCCGGCAGCAGGUGGAAGAACUUUGGCGAGCUGAGGUGGACGUAGACAUGAAACUGCGAGCGUGCAAGGGCUCCUGCAGGACGGCGCUAGCACUUGGCGUCGAUCACCACAACUACCACACGCUUCUGGCCGACGUGUCUGAGACAUAUAGCCGGAGAAAGAAGAAGGCCCCACAAGAUAUCCCGCAAAUCACAGUGCGCUCUCUGGAAGAGUUUGCGCUGCCGUCCGAAGCCUACAAGUGGAUCCCCACCGUCCAGAAAGAGCUUCUCACCCAAUUUGAAGACAUUCCGAAAAACCAGAUCUUUGUGGAAAAUGGCGACUCCUAGCAUAAAAAUCAACCAGGACUUUUCCUCAUUUUGUGAAUUUUCUAGACUUUUCAAAUAGCACUUUACAUGCAAUAUUUUCAACGAGUAACUAAGUAUAAAGAUUUUGGCGCCCCCCUCCCCGGACUGUAAAUGCGUCACAAAAUCAAAUAAUGUAUAUUUUUAUUAUCAGUAAUUGUAGUUCAUAUACAGUGGUGUGAUAAAAUGUCUGAACCUUUUGGAAUUUCUCAAAUUUCUGCAUAAAAUCGCCAUCAAAUGUGA